AUGCAGCAAAAUCACAAAGAAACGGAUGGGGGCUCGAGUCAAGUUAGCGAUCCGAACGUGGCUCUUUCUAUAACAGAGGAGGGCUAUGAUGAGAUGUUCGUUCCGGACGGUGGCAAGGAUGCAUGGUUGACUGUGACGGGCGCGUGGUUUGUUUUAUUCGGUAGUUUUGGCUAUCUUUACGCUUUCGGCGUGUACCAAGAUUAUUACACACGGGUUUAUCUGACGAAUCACUCACCAAGUAACAUCGCGUGGAUUGGGAGCUUCCAACUCAUGAUGCCGUUCGCUCUCGGUGUGGUUUCUGGUAAACUCUUCGAUGAAGGUUAUUUCCAUAUAGUACAAAUUACUGGCGGUUUACUCUUCACAUUUUCGCUAUUCAUGCUUUCACUUGCAAAACCCCAAAAAUACUACCAGAUAUUCCUCAGUCAAGGUGUGGGUAUGGGUAUUGGAUUGGGUCUGAUAUUCGUCCCUUCCGUCGGAAUAAUGGUCCAUCAUUUCAAAAAGCGAAAGGGCCUCGCUUCUGGUGUUGCGCUGAGUGGGAGUUCAAUCGGCUCUAUUAUCUUCCCAAUCAUGCUCAAUCAUUUAAUUCCUUCAGUCGGAUUUGCGCAGGCUGUCCGAGCUACGGGCUAUCUCGUACUCGGAACUCUCGUCAUAGGGAACUGUCUCAUGAAGACUAGGUUACCACCGAGAAAGAAAAGGCGUGUUCAGUUACCACCCCCGGACAUCAGAAGCUUUUUGAAGGAUCCGCCCUACAUGUUUGCAGUCCUCGGUGCUCUCAUAGCGAGUCUCGGUUUCUAUUUCCCUGUGAUCUACUUGCAGCUCUACUCGGUGCUGCAUUCCGUGGACAUGAACCUCGCGUUUUACUCGUUGGCAAUUCUAAAUGGUUCGAGUGCAGUUGGGCGUGUCCUGGGCAACUAUUUGGCCGAUAUCUACGGACCAUUCAACAUCCAAGUGCCAUGCACAGUCGCCAUUGCCGCUCUGGUCUGGGCCGUUCUCGGCAUCAAUAAUUCUGGGUCGCUCAUUGCGGUCAGCGUACUUUAUGGCAUUUUUUCAGGCGCUUGGUUGGCUCUCGCAUUUGCGUGUUUCUCGUCUUUGUCUUCCGGUCCACAGGAAGUCGGCGCGCGUACCGGGUUAGGCUUAGCGCUGAGCAGCGUAGGCUCUCUCGUCGCUGCACCCAUACAAGGGCAGCUCUUAACACCUGAUUUUGUGUGGAUCAGACCAAUAGCGUUCUCAGCUUCUGUACUGUUUGCAAGCUCAGUAUGCUUUGGUGCUACCCGAUUCUUGCAAAGUAGGAAAUUCUCCUCCCAGCGAGUUUAA